AUGUCUUUAGAAAAUUGGAAAUUAGAGAAAGAUUUGUGUCGCUGUUGUCACAACGAAGGAACAUUUAUUAAUUUGGCUGAUCCAUUUACUAUAUUGGGUGUAACGGAAACAUACACGAAUAUGUUGAAAGAAUGUUUUGAUAUUGAUUUAUCUCCAAUACCAGGCAUGUUAUGUACAUCGACAUAUACGAUAUGUGAAUCCUGCGUCACACGAUUACGAGAUGCUACGGACUUCAAGAAACAAGUUCUAUCUUGCGAGGAAGCAUUUAGAGAUCUGUAUAAUAGGAAUUUUAUAAAAGAAGCGGAACCUAUAGUACAAGUGGAAGUGAAGCAAGAAAUACCUGAUGCUAAUCUAGAUGAUGUAUUCAAAGAUUCAUGUCCACUAGACGGUGGCAAUGACUAUGUGUGUGUGGACAGCGAAGACGAAAUGGAGUUGAGAGUGGACGAACAGGAUGAGCCUUCAGAAGUUGAUGUAAAAAGUAAGAAGCGAAAAUUAAGAAGUAAUAAGAAGACACAGAAGAACAAGAGUUGUAGAACAGAGAGGAAGAAUGUAAAGGUGGAGUCAGAAGAAAAUAGCGGGAGUAAAAAAAUAGGAAGAAAUAGCGCGGCGGCAAAAUUUCGACUCAACGACGAAGAUUACAAGAGAGAUGGCGACACCUACCAAUGUGCGCGGUGCGACAAGAAAUACGACAAGUUCUACUCCCUAAGAUUCCACGUGAAGACGAAACAUUAUAAAAUUCCACGAUUCUCAUGCAAUAUAUGCCUCAAAGAAUUCAUGACGCCGGCGCCUCUCACUGUACACAAACUCGAAGAGCACAAUAUAGAUGAUAGGUUCAAAUGCAAGGCCUGCAAAGGGAUUUUUAACACGAAAAUUCAGUUAAGGAAACAUAUCAACAAUUUUCAUAUGCUCGGUGAGAGGUAUAAGUGUGAGUUUUGUGAAUACGAGUCCUUUAGCUUCGAAGGAAUGUACAAACACAAAUUUAAACAUAAAACUGUCAAAGAUUAUCAUUGUAGGUUCUGUAGGAAGUCGUUUUUAAGGAAAACUACACUGGAUUUACAUGAACGGAUACAUACAGGCGAUAGGAGGAAGGUUUGCAGUGUGUGUGGGCAGGCGUUCGUUCAAAAGGCUAGUUUGAAUUAUCAUAUGACUAAAUACCAUCCUGAAGUCAAUUUCUGA